GGAUGGCUUGAUAGUCCCUAGUACGGUCGGGUCUGAUCAUGUUGAUCUGCGGGCCGGCAGAUAAGUCGCAAUGAGUAUAAAAGAGUUGUGUAUCCUCUCUGGGGUGGUUAAGGGCGUCGUUGCGACCAAACACCUUGAACGUCGUCCCCGGACUAACCAAACUGCCCACCAUGGCUCAACCUCAGGAUCGUGUCGCCGACGCACUGCCGUCAAACGACCUGGAGAAGAACAGAUGUGACUCAAAGGCCAGAGAUUCAAUUGAAGCCGCCAAGGACCACAGCAAUGGGCAGAUAAACGCCUUCAAUAUCGACCCCAAGGCAGAGCGGGCGCUCGUAUGGAAGUUCGACUUACGACUACUCCCAGUACUGGCAAUUAUGUACCUAUUCAACAGUUUGGACAAGUCGAACCUCGGAAAUGCCAAGACGGCCGGAUUGGAGAAGACAAUCGGUCUUGUUGGAAACCAGUACAAUACCGUUCUUUCGGUAUUCUUCGUUCCCUACGUUCUUACGGCCCCCUUUCUGGGGUUGUUGGGAAAGAAAUAUGGACCUAGCAAAGUAUUGCCAUGCAUGAUGUUCUGCUUCGGCGUCUGCACUCUGAUGGUCGUGUGCGUGUCCAAUUUCGGAGGCCUGAUGGCCAUCCGAUGGUUCCUCGGCAUGAGCGAAUCCGCCUUCUUCCCCCUCGUCAUCUACUACCAGACUACGUUCUACCGCCGCGGCGAACUCGCCCGUCGCCUCGCCAUUUUCUACGCCGCCUCCAACAUCGCCUCCGCAUUCGGCGGCCUCCUCGCCUUCGGUGUUUUCCAAAUCCACAGCGGCGCCAUCGCCUCCUGGCGGUACCUCUUCGUCAUCGAGGGCGCCUGCACGGUGCUCUUCUCCAUCUUCGCCUUCUUCUACCUGCCUAAGUCGGCGUCGGAGGCAAAUUUCCUCACCGACGACGAGAAGCUGCUUGCAUACCACCGCAUGGCCGUCGACAGCUCCUCCGUCGUCAACGAGAAGCUCGAUAUCAAGGAUUCGUUCAAGAUCUUUAAGCACGGUACUAGCUGGGUUAUUCUGCUUAUUGAGAUUUGUCUGGGUGUGCCGCUGCAGUCUGUGUCACUUUUCUUGCCGCAGAUUGUCGCACGGCUAGGGUAUGGCACUGCGAAGACGAAUUUGUACACUGUUGCACCGAAUGUUACGGGGGCGGUCAUGUUGCUGGCUCUCGCGUUUGCGAGUGAUCACACCCGGCUGCGUUUCCCCUUCGUUGCGCUUGGUUUCUUGUUCACGUUUGUGGGCAUGGUUAUCUACGUCGCCAUCGAUGUGGAGCAACAGCUGCAGGUCGCCUACUUCGCCUCAUUCAUGAUGACCUGGGGCACAUCGGCGCCGUCUGUCUUGCUCGAUGUGCUUUAUAACAACAACAUUGCACACGAAGGACAAAGGGUGGUCUUGACGAGUAUUGGCGUUCCGGUUGCCAACCUGAUGGGUGUUGUGAGUUCCAACAUCUUCCAGAACAAGGACGCCCCCAAGUAUAUUCCUGCGCUGGCCACGACGGCUGCGUUUGGUGGAGCGGGGUGUGUUAUUACAUUGCUUCUGGGAGUUUACAUGAUUGUAGAUAAUAAGAGGAGGGAUGCAAAGCAGGGCGUCAAGGUCAAGGCGGAGGACAUCCCGACAGAAAAGCUCAGGGAUGGGCCAGAUACUCCCGAUUUCCGUUGGUUCUUGUAGGAGAGUAUAUAUGAAUGGUAGCCAACUUAGAAUAUUCUAU